ACUAUUUGUAGAUCAAGAAGGGCUCAAUCUGUAAUUUUGAUCCUAAAGAAACCAAAGCUGCACCACAGAUUGUCAAACUCUUAGAGGAAACAUUAUGUUUUAGAUACCAUUAGAGUUGUGGGCAUGAUGGCCUUCAAUGUUUUAUCAGAAUGAAAAGCAGAUGCAGAACUCUGAAGAAUGAGCUGUUUUCUCAAAUUCUUUUCUUCUUGCACAAUCACAGAAUGACCAAUGCCUGCCAUCGUAAAUGUGUUCCUCCACACUACAAGGAAGCAGAACUGUCAAAAGGGGAAUCCGUGUGCCUGGAUCGCUGUGUCUCCAAGUAUUUGGACAUUCAUGAGCGGAUGGGCAAGAAACUGACAGAACUCUCAAUGCAGGAUGAAGAACUGAUGAAGCGGAUGCAGCAAGGGACUGGACCUGCCUAAACUCCUGUUCCUGAUUCUCCCAACCUCUCUCUACACCUUGUGUCCGGACUGGUGUUCAAAAUUCUUGCUUUUGCCAAUAAAACAUCCAUGCUGUG